AUGGUUGAAAGAAUUAACAGAUUUUUGAAGGCUUCGCUUAAAAAGGUUGUAGAUGACCCCGUAGAUUGGCCCAGCAAAUUAGCUACGAUACAGUAUGUAAUUAAUAAUACUUUUCACUUUGCAACUAAAGCGUUUCCCUCCAAGUUAUUGUUGGGAUACGAAAUGAAACAUCAUUCCGAUAAUAAACUUAUCGAAUUCUUGACUGAAUUAGUUAAAAUACAAACUAUACAGGAUGAAGAUUUAACUUGGUUAAAGAAACGGGAUAAUAGUCGUAAACUUGCAAUCAAAACCACCGAUAAAAUUAAAGAGUACAAUAAAAUUUAUUUUGAUCGUAGUCAUAAAGCACCAAAGAAAUACAAAGCGGGUGAAUACGUGCGCGUUAAGGAUGACGUUGUCAAACCUGGGGAAAGUAAAAAAUUAAAGUCGGAUUUCAAAGGUCCUUACAUGAUAGACAAAGUGUUACCACACAACCGUUACGUUGUCAAAGAUAUUCCAGGGUUUAACAUUACUCCUAGACCUUACGACUCGAUCGUGUCGCCCGACAAACUCCGACCAUGGAUAAAACCAGUGGUACCCAUGUAA